AUGACCACACUCAAAAUCAACAAAUCAGUCAAAAAAACCGACACUGCCACGCGCACCCCGAUUCGUGGACGCAACCGCAACAACCACGUUGCCACGCCAGUGGUCGACCCAAAAUCAGCCCCGCAUGGCGAAAAGUCAAACCGCUCAUUUGACAAAAAACCAUCACGCGACAGCGACAAACCACGCGACUUUGGCAACCGCCCAGCGCGCUCAAACUCAAGCGCACCACGCAGCGAAUCAAGCAGUCGCCCAGCGCGCCCAUUCAACGACAAGCCGCGCAGCGCAGAGUCAGCACGCGGCAACGGACCAAACCGCAGCUUUGCCGACAAACCCGCGCAUUCAGCCCCCAAACCGCACAACAAAUCAAACCCAACCCGCGACAAUCAAUCAAGCAAUCCGUGGGGAAAACCGCGCACCGAACCUACCACUGACGCAAAUCCAUGGGGCAAAACCACCGCCAGCCGCCCAGCGCGACCAGACGAUGGCAAAAUCCGCACAGGGCAAACCCGUCGAUCGCUCCAACAACCCCUACGCGCCCACGCCAUCAAACAAAAAAACCAAGAACCGCGCCGCCACGGCAAACUGCGUGAUGAAGACGGCCGCCCAAUUCGCGUCGUCGCCCCGCGCUUAGCACCAUUAGACGCAGGCAUUCGCCUAUCCAAACAAUUAUCCGACCAAGGGCUAUGCUCGCGCCGCGAAGCCGACGAGUUCAUUGAAAAAGGUUGGGUCACGGUCAACGGCGAACGCGCCACACUGGGUCAGCGCGUUUUGCCCACCGACCGCGUGCAAGUGGCCAAGCAAGCCGAACGCGCCAUUGAAUCGCGCGUCACGAUUUUAAUUAACAAACCGGUUGGAUUGGUUUCAGGACAAGCCGAAGACGGCUACGCACCAGCGGUCAGUCUGGUGACACCUGAAAAUCAAUGGAUCAAUGACGUUGCGCAAAUCAGCUUUGAGCACAAACAUUUACGCGGCCUCGCGCCCGCCGGCCGCCUUGAUAUUGACUCGGUCGGCCUGCUCGUACUCACCCAAGAUGGCCGAGUCGCCAAGGCAUUGAUUGGCGACAAAAGCGAUGUCGAUAAAGAGUAUUUGGUGCGCGUUGAAGGCGAACUAUCCGCUGAAGGCUUAAAGCUGCUCAACCACGGCUUAGAACUAGACGGCGUGCCACUGCGCAAAGCAAAAGUGACGUGGCAAAACGAAGACCAGCUGCGCUUUGUCUUAACCGAAGGCAAAAAACGCCAAAUCCGCCGCAUGUGUGAACUGGUCGGCCUAAACGUGGUUGGCCUUAAACGCAUUCGCAUUGGCAAAGUCGCUCUGGGGGAUUUACCCACGGGCAUGUGGCGUUAUUUGGGCGAGGAUGAAGCCUUCUAA